AAACGACUUUUAGCAUAUAACGCGUGCGUCACGUGACAGUCACGUGACGCCCCCUCCAAUAAAUACAGCUCAGUCGUGAAACUGGGCGGGAACUUCACUCCCGUUUUCCCUCCCCCCCUUCGCAACCAUGAGCGCCACCGGCAAUCCACGGAAACGCGCGGCUCCGCCGCCGCCGAAGAAUCCGGCCGCAACUCCAUCCCCUCAACUGAAGCACCAGGCGACGAUGGAGGAAGAGGAGUUAGACGAGGACGUCUUCUUCGAGGAAACCCUACUUCAGUACGAGGAGGAAGACUCGCAGCGCCGCGCCCUAUCCGACCGUCUUGCCAAGUGGAAGCGUCCCGCGCUUUCCCCUUCAUACAUUUCCCAGUCUCAGAACAUCGUAUUUCAGCAGUUGGAAAUGGAUUAUGUUGUCGGGGAUAGCCACAAGGAACUUCUGCCGAGUUCUUCAGGCCUGGCCGCAAUUAUACGGAUUUUUGGGGUCACUAAAGAAGGACAUAGUGUUUGCUGUUUCGUGCAUGGAUUCGAGCCAUAUUUUUACAUCAACUGCCCUUCAGGAAUGGGUCCUGAUGAUAUCUCCCGUUUCCAUAAAAUUCUUGAGGGUAAGAUGAGUGAAUCAAACAGAAAUACUAGAGUUCCCAAAUUUAUACGUCGCAUUGAGCUCGUUCAGAAGAGAAGCAUCAUGCAUUAUCAACAGCAGAACUCUCAUCCCUUCCUUAAAAUUGUAGUGGCACUGCCAACAAUGGUUGCAAGCUGCCGUGGUAUCCUUGAAAGAGGAAUACAAAUUGAAGGACUGGGCAUGAAGAGUUUUAUGACAUACGAGAGUAAUGUUCUUUUUGCUCUACGUUUCAUGAUUGAUUGCAACAUAGUCGGAGGUAACUGGAUCGAAGUUCCUCGUGGAAAACAUAAGACUAUACCAAGAAGUCUCACCAAUUGUCAGUUGGAGUUUGAUUGCCUUUUUUCGGACUUGAUCAGUCAUGCCCCUGAAGGGGAAUUCUCAAAGAUGGCUCCAUUUCGGAUAUUGAGUUUUGACAUUGAGUGUGCUGGGAGGAAAGGUCAUUUUCCCGAGCCCAGUCAGGAUCCUGUUAUCCAGAUAGCCAAUCUAGUAACGUUACAGGGAGAGGGCCAGCCAUUUGUUCAGAACGUCAUGACUCUUAAGUCAUGCUCAAGUAUUGUUGGCGUUGAUGUUAUGUCAUUUGACACGGAAAAAGAAGUUCUAUUAGCUUGGAGGGACUUUAUUCGUGAAGUGGAUCCAGACAUCAUAAUUGGUUAUAACAUCUGCAAAUUCGAUCUGCCAUACCUUAUUCAGAGAGCUGAUGUAUUGGGAAUAGCUGAAUUUCCAAUACUUGGACGUAUUCGAAACAGCAGAGUCCGCAUCAAAGAUACAACUUUUUCAUCAAGACAAUACGGGACCAGAGAAAGUAAAGAAGUUACAAUUGAGGGGAGAGUACAAUUUGAUCUGCUACAGGUUAUGCAAAGGGAUUACAAAUUAAGUUCGUAUUCGCUAAAUUCUGUUUCUUCGCACUUUCUAAAUGAGCAGGUGAGCAUUUGUCUGUAUGAUGCUUACCUUCCACAACGCCUUUUGGACAAGUUGAUGUUCAUUUAUAACUACGUCGAGAUGGCUCGUGUGACUGGUGUUCCGCUCUCGUUUCUACUUUCCAGAGGACAGAGCAUCAAGGUGCUGUCUCAGCUUUUAAGGAAAGCAAAGCAAAAGAGUCUAAUUCUUCCAAAUGUGAAACAUCCCGGAUCUGAACAGGGAACUUAUGAGGGCGCAACUGUUCUUGAACCCAGAGCAGGAUUCUAUGAGAAGCCUAUUGCAACUCUGGAUUUUGCAUCUUUAUAUCCAUCAAUUAUGAUGGCAUAUAACUUAUGCUAUUGUACACUGGUAAGUCCUGAAGAUGUUCAUAAGCUUAAUUUGCCUCCGGAGUGCGUCAACAAAACUCCAUCUGGUGAAACUUUUGUCAAAUCGAAUUUACAGAAGGGAAUACUACCUGAAAUUCUUGAAGAACUUUUGGCAGCUCGUAAAAGGGCUAAAGCAGAUCUGAAGGAUGCAAAGGAUCCUCUCGAAAAAGCUGUGUUGGAUGGUAGACAACUCGCUCUGAAGAUAAGUGCAAAUUCUGUCUAUGGUUUUACUGGAGCUACAGUUGGUCAGUUACCUUGUUUGGAGAUAUCUUCAAGUGUUACCAGCUAUGGUCGACAAAUGAUUGAACACACGAAAAAACUUGUGGAAGAUAAAUUCACUGUGGUUGGAGGUUACGAGCACAAUGCUGAGGUUAUAUAUGGAGAUACAGAUUCAGUUAUGGUGCAAUUUGGUGUGUCCACAGUGGAUGAAGCCAUGAAUUUGGGUAGGGAAGCUGCUGAUUAUAUUAGCGGCACUUUCAUCAAUCCCAUGAAACUGGAGUUUGAGAAAGUCUACUAUCCAUAUCUACUAAUUAGCAAGAAGAGGUAUGCGGGUCUUUACUGGACGAACCCACAGAAAUUUGACAAGAUGGAGACCAAAGGGAUUGAAACUGUUCGAAGGGAUAACUGUUUGCUGGUAAAAAACCUGGUCACCGAAUGCCUAAAUAAAAUAUUGAUAGACAGAGAUGUUCCCGCUGCAGUUCAAUAUGUCAAGAACACAAUCUCAGAUCUCCUUAUGAAUCGCAUGGAUUUAUCCCUUUUAGUUAUCACCAAGGGUCUGACAAAAACAGGAGAAGACUAUGAAGUGAAAGCAGCACACGUUGAGCUUGCAGAACGUAUGCGAAAGAGAGAUGCUGCUACUGCUCCAAAUGUCGGUGAUCGGGUACCUUAUGUCAUUAUCAAAGCAGCAAAAGGUGCCAAGGCAUACGAAAAAUCGGAGGACCCCAUCUACGUUUUGGAAAACAACAUUCCUAUCGACCCCAAUUACUACCUCGAAAAUCAAAUUAGCAAGCCAUUGCUGAGGAUCUUCGAGCCCAUUUUGAAAAAUGCUAGUAAAGAGCUUCUUCAAGGAAGUCAUACACGGUCAAUUUCCAUUUCUACCCCGUCAACCGGUGGCAUCAUGAAGUUUGCUAAAAAGCAACGAACUUGCCUUGGAUGCAAGGCUUUGAUUAGUAACUCUGAUCAUACUCUAUGCUCACACUGCAAAGGAAGAGAAGCUGAACUUUAUUGCAAGUCUGUAUCUAACGUUGCUGAUUUAGAGGAGCUUUUUGGUCGGCUAUGGACGCAAUGCCAAGAAUGCCAAGGCUCUCUUCAUCAGGAUGUGCUUUGCACUAGUCGAGAUUGCCCAAUAUUUUACCGGAGGAAAAAAGCACAGAAGGAUAUGGCAGAGGCCAGGGUGCAACUAGAGCGAUGGAACUUCUGAUCUUGUAACAAGGUUAUUUUACGGUGCCUCAUUCGUAAAGGACCUGUUGUUUAUGAUUUGUGCCGUGUUUUGUACGUGUCGCGGUUCUUAAACAGAGGGGAAAAGCACAUGUAAGGAGAUCUCUCUUUUUUCUUUGUGAAUCUUUUGUACAUAUAUUUUUCCUUUAAAAUAUUAUUAUUAUUGCU